CAGUUCGGUUGCUGUUGGAAUCAGGAGUCAAUCCCAACAUUGGCAAUGAAGAUGGACUCACGGCGUUACACCAGUGCUGUAUUGAUAAUAACGAGGCCAUGAUGAAGCUUCUAGUGGAACACCAUGCCGACGUGAACGUGACGGAUCGAGAACUCUGGACGCCAUUGCAUGCAUCGUCAACCUGCGGACACGCUAACCUGGCGCGCUUUCUUGUUUCAAAAGGAGCGGAACUGCUGGCCAUAAACUCUGACGGCAACAUGCCGUAUGACAUUUGCGAGGAUGAGGUCACCCUGGACUACAUCGAAUCCCAAAUGGCGGAAAGAGGUAUCACACAAGAUCAGAUUGAUGAGCUGAGAGACGUGGCACCCAACCGCAUGCUACAAGAACUCAGUGAGCUCAUCAAGAGCAACGAGGGAGAUCUAGAGGCCACCGACGAGAUGGGUGCUACAUAUCUUCACAUAGCCGCAGCCAACGGCUACGACAAAGUGGCCAAGUUCCUGCUGGACAGCAACGUCGACGUGAACGCCAAAGAUAGCGAUGGUUGGCAGCCUAUACAUGCAGCAGCAUGCUGGGCUCAUGGAGAAAUGAUCCAGUUACUGGUGCAGUAUGGAGCCGAUCUGGAGGCGAAAACAAACAACGAUGAGACGCCACUCACAAUAUGCGAAGACGAAGAUCUCAAGAAUCUUAUCAACCAAUUGAAGGCGGAGAUCAAUGCCCAUAAUCAUGCGAUAGGAAGGGGGCUGAUCCGACGAAACUCCAGUCGAAGCAAACGCAGUUCUUCCAUAAGACGUAGCAGCAAACGGGAGAAAGGAGAACUACGGAAGCUGGACGCCAAGGGAGAAGCAAUGUUCAUCCAAUCACAAUCUCCCCAGGGAGAUGAGAUUCCAGCCACAGAUAUCGACGAAGUGAAUGUGGACACGGAGGAAGUACCUCAAAGUCCGGUGUCGAUAGCGUCGGUGACGUUGGACGGAGCAGAUCAGGAGAAAGAGGAAAGAGGAGACAUCAACGGUGCCUUAGAGACUGAUAUCAUCCCAUUGCCGGUCAUAAACGAGGAAACACCGGAAAGUCCCGACAGGAAAGCUCAGCUGGAGAACGGCAACGAUUCAGUGAUGCGGAACGGAGGCGGGGGUGAGGACAAGCCUCAAACGGGAGGACUUGAUGUGCCCACAUUGCAGAGACAACCCAAGAGCAUCCUGAAGAAAAGGAAGGAGCAAGAGGUGGUGGAAGACUCCAACGCCAAGAAGAGCAGGAAGGAAAAACCAAAGGAGGUUGAUACCAGGAAGCAGGAGCUGGAGGAAGAAAGGCACAAGGAGAGAGAGGAACGGGAGAAGGCCAAGCAGCGGGAACGAGAGGAGCGACAACGGAAGAAGGAGGAAAAAGAACGGGAAAGGCAACGGAUCAAAGAGGAGAAGAGACUACUCCGUAAACGGGAAAAGGAGGAGAAGGAAAAGGAGAAACAGCUGAAGCGGAAAACCGUCACGGUGGAGACGGAGAACGUGACAGAGGAGAACAAGAUAGAGGAGAACAAGACGGAGGAAAGCCAAGACAAGCAAGAAGAGAGAGAUAGCAACCAUUCUGGACAUAUUGAGACACUGGCCGAGUUGAAACGGCACCGGGCCUCCGAGCAUGCCAAGCGGACUCACAGCGGAGAAAGCAUGGAAGAAUACGAGACAAGCUACCGCAAGGAUUCCGUUGACCUCCUGAAAGACCACAAGUCGCAGAACAGCACAAAGAAGAAGAGCCCGCACAUUGUGCGCAAGAUGCUGCCCCACAGGCUGUCCGGGAGUUACACGUUCAACGAGGCCAGCCAGGGCGACGGACACCGAGACUCCACGGGAAGCGAACAGAACGGCAUCGGUGACCAAUCAGGAUUGAAUACCUCGGAGUUGAGUAACACCUCCCUUGAACCUUACCCUGGGGACCCGCCCCUCAAACGGUUCACGGCGAUUGAACCGGAGGUUAUUGGCGGUGACGAGGACAGAAGAUGCUGCAUCAUUUUGUGAAAGAAAAAAAAAAUUGCAUCCAAUUUUUUUUUUUUUGCUGUCUGAGGCUGAACGCAGUAUUUUCUAAAAAUUUUUACUUGUAAAUCCAUACUGCUGUAAACUACUUUUCUGUCUAAUCAUGAAUGAGGCCUAAGGAAAAAAAAAAACUUGCCGGCUUUAAAAUAAUGCAAGUUGGCAAAACUGCUUUGCUACCAAAUAAACGUAAAAAUGAAAAAUACACAGUGGUUUGGCAUUUUAAAAAAUAU